AUUCAGUUAAUACAGUUUUCACAAAGAGAAAUGAGUUUUCAAUAACUGCAAGACCUUUCAACUCCAAUUGAUUCUCCCUUAGCCAUGCUCCACCUCAGCUCCGCCGCACUCCACCACCACUCCACCGCUGACCCGGCCACCGAACAACAAUUCUCCGGCGACCCAUCACCUGAAAAAACCACCCUUUACGGCGGCUCCACUACUAAAACAACAAGAUAUUCAAACUGUAACUACACUUCAUCUCUUGAAGAACCAUUCCCUAAAAGAACCGCCACUGAUACCGCCCUUCUACCACCACCGCCCAUUUCUACCACAACCGGCGGCGGCGACACCAACAACCACCACCAUAUCCUCGAAGGGUUCACCAAACUCCCACUUCCAAAUUACAACUACCAAGAAUCUAAUUCUACUUUUUUGAAACCUCAGCUGAUCGGAAAUUCAAGAACUCCGUCACCUUCACCGUCUCCGGCAAAGCCGCCGUUAGUGCCAGCCCAGUUUCCUACACCACUUUAUCGGACUUUAUCUGAUCCGACUGGAUUUUCUGGCUCUGGUUCUAAUAAGAGAAAAUCAGCUACUACUCAAAGUCCACUGGCAAGAACAACAAGCUGGUCACCAAAUACAAUUCAAGAUUUAGGUGGUGGCGCUUUUAACAAAAAUGGAGAAUCUCCUAAUGCUUUGAAAUCUACUACUCCUCCACCACAAUGUGCACUGUCAAGAACAGCUAGUUGGUCACCAAAUAAUGUCCAAGAAUUUGGUGGUGGAGCUUUUAACAAUAUUGCAGAAUCUCUUAAUGCUUUGAAAUCCACUACUCCUCCAACACAAUGUGCACUGUCAAGAACAGCAAGCUGGUCACCAAAAAAUGUUCAAGAAUUUGGUGAAUCUCUUAAUGCUAUGAGAAAAUCACCUACUCAAAGUGCACUUGCAAGAACUGGUAGCUUGUCACAAAAUGUUCAAGAAUCAAGUGGUGCUGUUAACAAUGCAGAAUCUCCUACUACAAUGAGGUUAAAGAGAAUGAAGGAAGGAAUGAAAGAAAUGAGACAAUGGUUUGAUCUUAUGAUUCAAGAAGAUGCUCAAGUAGAAAAAGCUUCCUCUGAAGAAAACAAGAGUUUAAAGGAGAAUGAGACAGAGACUGAAACUGAAACAGAAGCGUCGUGUGAGGAAUCUGUGUGGGUGGAGAGAAUGGGGAAUUCUCUGAUUCUGCAUUUUAGGUGUCCCUGUGGUGAUGGCUAUCAGAUUCUACUCAGUGGAAAUAACUGCUAUUACAAAUUGUUAACUUUCUGAAACCUUUCUACUCAAGUCCAUUGGUGGUUUAAAUGAUGAUCAGAUUCACCAAUCAUAGAACUAGCUAGUUGCCAUUUAACUCAGUAACCAUAUUUCAGCUGCAUUCUUUUAGUAGUGUUCUUUCAAAUAGUCAGGAGUCAUUUUACCAAUUUUGAUAGUUAUUAUAUAGUUUGUUUUUAGUCAAUGUGUGUUACUUCAUUCCUUUUAGAUUUGAAUUCAGGAUUUGUGG